GCCAGCCAAUGAAAGGUGCAGAGGGAUGGAGGAGGACGGAGCUCCAAGAAGGAGCGUUUUGACGAGGACAGAGCGUCACAUCUCUCCAAACGCCCAUCAAACUUUCGGCAGAGAGGACUCAAUGCUCCAGAAGAGGCCUGUUAGAGAGUAUGCGCUGAUUUAUUUUUAUUUUUAUUUUAUUUUAUUGGAUACGCGCAACGAUGGAGAGACUUUUGACGAUGAGUUUUGGUGCAGUUUGACAUCAUUGUGAUCCCCCUCUGAAAGCACCUUCUCCAAUUUCCCCAUCCUUUCAACGACCGAGCGAGGGAUGGAGCAAGCACCCAGCGCGCCGAGUCCUCCUCCAAAACCAGUCAACCACGAACCCAUCAGCUUCGGCAUCGACCAGAUUCUGGGAGGCGGGUCGGAGCCGGAGAGCGGGCGCACGCCGGGGAGACAGAGUGGAUCGGAUUUAAGCAACGGGGACUCCUACUACAGCUUAGGAAACCCGAGCGCUGCCAACGCGCCCUCGUACACCGCGCUGUCAAUCUCCCUCUCUGGGAUCAUGCCUCCAGCGGAUGCGUCAGGUUCGUACGGAGAGAGCAGGAGUCUGGGCAGCCGGGGUGUGAUACGAGUGCCGGCUCACAGACCUGUAACAGCCCCGGGACCCCCGGCACCUGUCCAGAGCGCUGUUCCCGGGUAUGGAGGGCUGUGCUUCCCCUGGAUAGGAAACAGGUUCGCCAAGGACAGAAUAUCAGCGGCUCUAGUGCCUUUUGCAGUCACACGGCGGAUAGGUCACCCGUAUCAGAACCGGACCCCUCCCAAGCGGAAAAAGCCCCGAACCUCCUUCUCCAGAGUCCAGAUUUGCGAGCUGGAGAAGCGCUUUCACCGGCAGAAGUAUCUGGCCAGCGCCGAGCGAGCGGCUCUGGCCAAGAGCCUGAAGAUGACCGACGCGCAGGUCAAAACCUGGUUUCAGAACCGCAGAACCAAGUGGAGGAGACAGACGGCCGAGGAGAGGGAGGCGGAGCGUCAGCAGGCCAAUCGCCUCAUCCUGCAGCUGCAGCAGUCCGCCCUCCAGAAGUCCCUGAGCGAAUCGGCGGUGUCGGAUCCACUGUGCGCCCACAACUCCUCCCUGUACGCGCUGCAGAACCUCCAGCCGUGGGCCGAGGACAGGGAAUAGGGACAGAUAAAUUAAAUGAAACCACUGGGACUUACUUUGAUCCAUGCUUUAUGGAGGAGCAAAUGUGACUUGAGACUGAAGCGUGGGUCGCAUCUAUUUAAGCGGAGGAUUUUAGAACCGGACAUGAAAUUCUGGUGAGUGAUGGCGCACUCAGAAGCAGAAACUGUGGAUUAUUAUUUUUUUGUUUUUUUUUUUGUUUUUCCACGGUGGGGUGGGGUGGAAAAAUCAGAACUGUGAAAAACAUAUCUGAAACAGACUUAUUUAAAAAAAGAAAGAACCGUGCCACCAUGUAAUUGUCCUCUUAUGCUUGCACUUCUGUUCGUUAGAUUAAGAAGGGGGAUAAAGAAAUGUCUUGUAUGCAGUUUGUCUGAGGUAUGUAAUUAAUUUGACAAAGUAAAACAUAAGAGUCUAUUGUUUUAUGAGUCUGUUUGUGUCUGUUCACACACGCCUUUCUGGGUGUGUAAGUUCUGCAAAAGUGCAAAAUGUGUCAAAGAAACAAAAGCUGAGAUUGUUUCAUCAUAAUUUAUUUUUUUCUUCUGUUUUUAUGGUGCUUAUUUCAGCUCCAGUUCAUAAAAGCAUUUGUAAUCCACCCUCACAGUCCUGCACACACAAAAAAAAAACAUUUUGGGACAAACAAAAACAUGCCAAAAAUAUUGCAUUUCGGGAAACGUUAUUUGAGUUGUAAUAAAACAAAAACAGGCUUUGAAAGAUAAAAGGAAAUUCCACCCAUGCUGUAAGUUAAGAUAAUAAAGGGAGUGAUGCAUGCUCAGAGAUGUUGCUAAAGUCUUUUCAUAUGCACAUUAUUAUGUUUUUGAAUCGAGCCAGAAAACUCUGUUUUGUACUUUCACUGUAUAUGUGUAAAUAACAUUAUAAACUGUUGUUGUGAUCUUUUGUUUUUUUAUUCAUGCUCCUUUCUGGCGAACCAAAAAAAAAGAAAAAAA